AUGCCGUGGAAGCCAUUGCCUUCAGUGGCCUUUGCGAUAUGCACAUUUCCAUUCCGCGCGACCGAACACGACGAUCUACCACUGCAAAUCGGCGACCACAUCUACAUCAUCGAGCAGGGCGGCAGCACGAACGAAUGGUAUCGCGGAUACUUGGUUGCGCCGCCGUCUCUCCUCGCCGGACUGACGAGCGAUCGCGGACAACAGCUGGAGCAUCGAGUGUUUUCAGGCAUAUUUCCGAGGAACUGCGUGGAGGUGAGGGAGUACUUGGGGGACACCAAGCACAGUUUGUUGGAGGGCAAUGGCGAAGAUGCGGAAGCUGAAGAGGAAGGAGACGAUGUUGCGUCGAGGCGAAAGAGCCAGGCUUCAUAUGCUCGGAGAAUGAGCAAAAGGAUGAGCAUGAAGAAGAGCUCACGGAGUCUGCGGAGGACAAAGUCGUUCAUCGCUCAGGAGGACCCAUUGCCGAGAGAUCCCAAUACACCCAAGCCACUCGCACCAGUGCCUUUACUCCGAGUCGGCGACGAGACUGGAGUCUCAGCAGAAGAGCCAUUGGUAGACGAGAUUGCUUCAUGUCUGCGGGAAUGGCACGAUGCACGAUUACACGAGAUGCUGCUCGGGCGAGGCUACACUCAACUGGCAAAGGUGCAGGAGCUCAUUCGGCGGGUGGACAAUGCCAGGAGUCAGCUGAUGCAUGAGGUGUUGACAUUGAAAGAGCUAGAAGAACUGCGCGAGGACACUGUGUGGGAUCUGGUCGCAGGCAACAAACUGUUCAACGACGAAGUGAUUGUUCGCAGUCCCACCGAAAGAGGUCGAAUUUUGACGGCCGAGGAUUCUGUUCUUGAGAUGACCAAGCUACAGGCCAAUAUGAGCAUACUGAACCGGCCGCCAAAGUUGGCCGUGGAGAAGCAUGUUUUACACCACGUAUUGGUCGACGUGCGCAACUUUGUAUGCGACUCGGAUAUUCCUGCAUCGCUCCACAUCGGCCUGUAUUCGAAAGCACCAGGCGAGAAGCCUGUUCCGGUCAGCGAAAGCUAUGCGAUUGCGGUUCCUCUACCACCCACAGCCCCCGAGACACCCGAAGAGCAGACGAAGACACUGUUCGUGAAUCUCAAUCAAUCCGACGUCGGGAUGGUGGCCGACUCGAAGUCACUCUACGUUGUCUUCAAACUCCUGCGAGACGAACCAGUUCGGUCUCUGAUUCAUGGCCAAGGACUUGUACACAACCAACCCAACCAUCAUCAACACAGGCCUUCGUUACUGAGCAACGUUUCGGCCGAUAGGCUGGGUAGUCUCACGAAAGCAGGGAGACGCAGCAUGUUCGGUAGCCAGCGGAGGAAUGGUCCUAUUCGUACGACUUCUGAAGGUGUGAUGCGACCUGUCACGGCACAAUCGCAAUACUCUGACAUGGACCGAUCAUCAAAUCACUCUUCUGAAACACCUCCCUCUCGAGAUCUCAAGAUGGUGAGGCGAAUGGCGGGCGUCGGUGUGAUUGACAUAUCAAAGCUGGCGCAGGAGAAAUCAUCUCUCGAGUCCGACGUUUCAUUCUACGCACCCUCGUCGACAGGCGACAUUGGCGAGGAAACCUCGGAUUGGAAUGAGAUCAUCCGUGAGCUUGGCGGCAACCCUCAAGGUGGCUUCACGCAGGUCCCGCUGAUGAAGCGCUUCGAUGUGUUCGUUCAAACAUUUGCAUCGGCAGAUCUCAACAAGCUUGUCCGUGAUGAGCCGACACUGCUACACGAGAUUUCCAUGACGCCCAAGCUUGGAUUCUCCGGGGUGCCCACCGAGAAGCGAAGCGACAUCUACUUGACCUUGACUGAGCCGCGGAUUCCUCGAGGCGCCACACUAGCUCAUUCGAGGUAUGGCGCGGUAGCGCUCAGCCAGCGAACGCAGACGAGUCUUUCAAACUUGCAGCUUACUCUCGAAGUUCGAAAAGCAAAUGGCGAGCGCAUCGACGAGUGUAUAUACACCUCGGCGAACCAUCCCGGCCAUACAGCUUGGCGGACCACCGGCCUUGAACGUGGCGAGGGCUGGCACCAGACCAUCAGACUUGCGAUUCCAGCGGAAGAUGUCCCCGGCAGUCAUGUGGUGAUGAGCAUCGCUGACUCGCCAAACUUUCCAUUUGCGCUAUCAUGGGUGCCUCUCUGGGAGUUUGAUGCAUUUGUGCGGGAUGGUGACCAUCAAGUCGCACUGUAUGUGUAUGACGAGUAUUCUUCCAGCAUCAUUGGAGGAAAGGGUGCCUACCUAGCUUUGCCGCCCUGGCAUUCCAAGCAGGAUCCGGAUCAGGUGAAUGCGGCUGUUGUUUCGCUGCGCACUUAUUUGUGCAGCACGGAGUACUCGCAGGAUCCAACAUUGCUAGGCGUCUUGCAGUGGCGCAACUAUCACGGAGAGAAACUGCUCGAGCUUCUCCAAAGAUUUGCAUUUGUUCCAGAGAUUGAGAUUGUGAAGAUGCUUGGAGACGUGUUUGGAGCAUUGUUCGAGAUCCUCCAGGAGUACGAGUCCGACGAGCGAUACGCCGACGUGAUCUUCUACGAUUUCGUUGUGGUGUUGAGCAUCGCCCGCGACAAGAGAUUCGAGCUAGGCAGUAUCAUCGAGGAAUAUGCGACGACUCGGCACGAGUGGCCACAAGCAAGCCAGGUCCUCGUCAGGGCCUACCACCGAUUGGUAGCUAACCCAAUGGAUUCGGACGCGUCGCGCAAGCUGAGAACGACAUUCAAAGUGGGCGACCAAAUUCUUAAGCUCAUUGUCGAGACGACUCGGCGACUCACCGAAACCAACGACGAGCAGGAGAUGAAUGGUAGCCUUCACGAUCACCAGUCGGAUCUCAGAGACGAAUUGCAAAGGUUCUUCGUGGCAGUGAUGGCCCUCAUGCGCAAUCCUAUGCCCAUCUUGCUCGGCACGCAAACGUUGCUCGUGCGGAAUUUUCACUCCUGGCUGCCAGAGCUGGCACCAGUCAUGACACCAGCGGAGAUCCUGGAGCAUGCAUCCGAUUUGCUCGCGUCGUGCGCCCAGGCGAAGGGUAAAAUGAUUCUCUAUCGGUUGAUACUCAUCGGCCACUACACUCAGCUUGAUGUGUUCAAGACGCCUGAAACCCAGACGACGCUCUUGGCCAACACCUUUCAAUGGUUGGAGCCCUACUGGGGCCAACCUCAGGUAGUCAAUGAACAAUGGCGGAGCCAAGUCCGUCUGUGCUGCUCAGUUGUCGCAGCUCAGAUGGAGGAAUUUAAUGGAGAGAGCUGCCAUUAUGUGCCGAAACUCGCAGAGUCUUUCCUCGCCCUGCAGCAGGUGCCUCGCCAGCCAAAGCAUGGGUUUAGCAUGCUAUUUCCAACCACGUUCCCAUUCCCCUACAGGCCGACUACGCAGCCGAUCGAAGUGGACGAGGCCAUGCUGGAAGUCUCUGCGCUGCUCGCAGCAUCUUUGGCUACCGAGAAGAAACUUUCUUUCGACUCAAACCAGGUCGACAUCACUGGCGUGUUACUGCAAGCGCUCAAAGUCAGCCAGAGCGUGCUUGCCUGCGAGGCUUUUCCCCGAAGCUGGUUGAGUUUGCUGGUCAGCCACCAUCGACGCGGCGUCACUGCAUUGGAGCGCAUCUCGGAAAUAUUGAUCGAGACUUUGCCGGAUCUCCACGCUCAGGGAAACACGGAUGCUUUCGACUUUGACACGGUCGUGUGGCGAGCAUUCUUCGACACGCUCUUUACGGCUUUGAGUAGCCCAGCACUCGCGAUGGAGAGUUUUCCUGAGCAGAAGCGGAGAGCAAUAUGGAAGAUCGCAGGGGAUGUUCGUGAAGCUGGUGCGAACGUGCUUCGACGCAGCUGGGAAGCCAUUGGGUGGGAGACUGAUGCAGACACGAAGGACCUCCAUGGGUUUAAAAAAUUGGGAGGGUACCAGGUGCAGUUUGUUCCGGAACUUGUCGCACCUAUUGUUGAGCUCUGCCUGAGCGUCCACGGUAGCCUGCGAGCGGUAGCGAUUGAAGUGCUGAGAUCCAUGAUCAUCAGUGCAUGGCAGAUCGACGAGGACUUGUCCACCAUUCAAACGGCGAUGAUCGAUUGUUUGGACAAGCUCUGCAGGACAAAGAGCGUGACGGAAAGUGUGCUGCAGAAAACGUUUGUCCCGGAGAUGCUGGAUCUGUUUCGACCUUUGCAGCAGACACCCGAAGAGCCGCUGUACAGUGCUGUCGAAGAAAUGUUUGGCAAAAUCGACGACUUACUGGCAAUGCUGGCAAAUGUCCAUCGUGGUGGCGUUGUCAACGAUGCGACUCGACUUGUCGACACUCUGCAUCUGAUGCAAUUCCUCCGCGAAGCCAACUCGGAAGACGCAUACACUCGGUACGUGCACCAGCUGGCUGGGUUGCAGGUCUCAACGGGAAAUAUCACCGAAGCUGGACUGGCGCUGAAGAUGCAUGCGGAUCGCUAUGCUUGGAAUCCUUCUCUGCCUCUUCCAGAGCUCGAAGACCCGCAGUUCCCAGCGCAGACGGCGUUUGAGCGGAAAGAAUCUCUUUACUUCCAGAUGUGUCAGCACUUUGAGAAGGGUCGAGCAUGGAAGCAAGCAUUGGCGGCCUAUCGCGAGCUUGCUGAUCAAUACGAGCAUAACACCUUCGACUUUUCCAAGCUGGCCAGGGCACAGCGUGCCAUUGCUGGGGUGCACGAGAAGAUCUCCCGAGGCGAUCGUGGUGUUCCGCGAUACUUCCGCGUUGUGUACCGCGGCCUGGGCUUCCCCACAAGCAUGCGCGACAAGCAGUUCAUCUUCGAAGGUAUUGAGAAUGACAGACUGGCCAUGUUCUCGGACCGCAUGCAAUCGCUCCACCCGGGUGCCCAGAUUCUUCGUGCUGGUAUGGAUCCUGGUGUCGAAGGCCAAUACCUGAAGAUCUUUGCUGUCAGCCCUAACAAGGAUCUCGAGCAUACGAUCUACCAACGGACCAAGGUCUCGCAGGCGGUGAGGGAGUAUAAUCUUAUAUCCAACCCGCAACGUUUCGCUACGACUUCGAGACAGCCUGCAAUUGACAUUCCAAUCACGGAGCAGAUUGUGGAGAAGACUGUUUACACUACUGCGGAGGAGUUCCCCACCAUUCUGCGCAGAAGCGAGGUCAUUAACAUUGAGUCCGUCACAUUGCUGCCCAUCGAAGCUGCGGUUGAGCGCACGACCAGGAAGACUCAGGAGCUACUGGCCGCUGAAAAGCGCAUCAGCAACGGCAUCGACGACGAGACCAGCGCCAUGAUUCGUCUCACGGAGGACCUCCAAUCAUCCGUCGACCCCGACUCGGAAUCAAGCGUCGCUCGCUACCGCGGCCUUCUGCCGGCUUCGGAACUGCUCGACAACGUCUCGGGCUCCGUCGACCCUUCGAUAUAUGCGAAAGAAAUAGACGCUCAAGAGGACUCCAUGCAGACCGCGCUCAGAGUCGCUCUGCUCGACCAUGCACUUGCCAUUCGCCGUUGUCUCGGCCUGUACAAGACUGCCGACUACCAACCCAUCCGAGCUGAGCUGGUGCCACGCUUUGAAGCGACCUUCCUGAACGAGCUGACUACGCUCUUCCCAUUCCGAUCCAAUCUCGUAGACGACGUCUCGGCCCGCUCGUCCAUUGAGAACGCCGCACGACCCGACAUCGCCAUUCAUCAGCCAGACACGAAUGGAGGCGCGCCACAACCCGAAGCACAGGAGACGAGCCGGAGGCCUAGCCGCCGCAUGUCCUUCAAUCUGUUCAAGCGUGGUUCGUCUCGACAAGGUCGCGACUCGGUAGCGGACGGCGAGGGCGUGAACGGCGAUGGCCGCGGAUCUUCCCGAACGGGGAGUCGCACCCGUGGCAGGGACAGGAGCUCGAGCCGGCUGAGCGUGUUUCGCAGUACGUCGGAUCAGGAUGGAGAGAAGGGUGCGCUGGGGACGCUGAAGGAGAGAUUGAGUUUUCUUCAAAAUAGGGGAGGAGCGCAGCAGGCUGUUUAA